GAGCAAUAGCUAGAACCACAGAAUAUGCACUUCGGCUUUAGCAGAGAGUUACCUUGUGACUGUGCGAACUGUUAAUGUGCUCAUUUGUCAUUCGUCUUUUAUGUAAAUGACGUGUGAUAGUGGUAGCUAGUGGCUCUCGUAAAUCAGACAAAAUUAUAAUUUUGUACUCAAAAUGGAUAAAGCUAUUGUGAAUGUGAGAUUUAAAGCAGCAGUGACUAUUAUUCUAUUAGUAUUCUUGGUCAACCGAGGCUCUCAAGCAGCUUGGCGCGAAGAAUUCUUCACUCCGAGCUGGUUCUCUAAGAGUGCAACGACCGCAGCAGUGAGUCUCGAUCGUCACCGUCGCGAUGUUGCAUCUUCGGCGAAGCCCGCGAUUCCGGUCACGACCCCUGCAGUUCUUGUUACAAAGAUGGACAAGAUCAUCAAGAAUGACACCGAAAUUGCCAAUGUUACUGAUGCUCCUCGGGCGGACGGCAACGUAUCCGUGACUCAGAUUCCACUUCUGGGCGUGAACGGCUCCGGCAUCCUCAAGGUCACUCCGACCGAGAACACGCACAAAGUCAGCGAACCUAUCGACCCUGACCCUGAUUACGAUAUGCGAGACAUUUCCAACUUUACCCCGGAUAAAAUAAAAGCGGAACACAACAUAACCGAUUUAACAAUUGACAAUCACGAGUUCUACAACAGUUCCUUCAUCGGCAACGCUAUGUUUUUCAACGAGUACUGGGCAAAUAUCACCACGAAGGGAGCUAAUGCUCAUCGCUUGCUCAGCAAUUCCCACAGAAGGGCAACCAUGAUUCAACUGUCGUUCACAUUCCCGUUUUACGGGUAUCCAAUCAAAGAUAUAACCGUGGCCACGGGAGGGUUCAUUCACACCGGCGAGCACGUUCACAACUGGUUGGCCGCUACGCAAUACAUUGCUCCGUUGAUGGCUAACUUCGACACUUCGCUCACCAACGACAGCUAUGUUAAGCUUAAAGACGAUGGAGACCGGUUCACGGUGCUCUGGGAGAACGUACCCCUCCAGGAGGACCUGACGAAGAAGUUCACGUUCGCGGCGACCCUAUACAAGAACGGCGACAUCGUGUUCGCCUACAAGAACAUACCGAUCGACGUCAACACAAUAAAGAACACGAGCCAUCCCGUCAAAGUGGGCAUCAGCGACGCUUACAUGACCGACGCGUUCUACUACCAGAUCCCGAAGCUGACGAUAUACCACCGCGUCUCGUUCAAGAACCACAACAUCAAGAACGGCACCGUCCUGUGGCUGACCGCGCUGCCGACCUGCAUCCAGUUCAGCACGUGCGACGAGUGUCUCAACCACGACACCACGUUUAACUGUACGUGGUGCAGUCGUUUGCAGAAGUGCUCGAGCGGUACAGACAGGAACAAACAAAGCUGGGAGAUCAAACAAUGCAACGCGUCUGCACUGACGAACGCGACGACCUGCCCGGCGACGCAGUCCGACACUGCCAAUAACACUGUCAACGCCAGCACCACAAAUAAACCUGAUAAUCAAUCAACGACCGCAGCCGAUGCCGUUGAUCACGCAAAAUCUCGCGUUCAGAUCUCAGUACCGGUUCAGAGGAGGCCGAUAGGGGGCGCCGUGUUUGGGUUCGUGGUGGUCGCUCUGAUAUGUUCGCUUGCACUUUGGGUGGUGUACGCGUUCAAGAAUCCUCACACUCGCAGCGGACAGUUCCUUAUUAAGUACCGUCCGUCGCAGUGGAGUUGGCGUCGCGGUGAAGCGCGCUACACGGCCGCCACCAUCCACAUGUAAGACGCCGAGCCACCCUCAAUACAGAAUAACACCUAACGAUCAUUAUUCACAUUUAUAAUCUACCUAAAUUUCGAAUUUAUAUUCUAGUUUAGAUUUAGUCGAGAUAUGUAUUUAGAAGAUUUUUUUAUUUUUAUUUCCAUUACGGUGGCUUAUGAUCGUUCUCGAAAUUCGCUCUUAUUUUUACAACUAGCUUUAGUCUUAGCUUUUUCUCCAAUCAUAAUAAUCCUCCUGCCUUUCUUUCAGUCACUUGGGGUCGGUGCAACAUGUUUUUUCUUUCCAUAUUCCUCUAUCAUAUAUUCCCCUCUUACACAUAUCGUCUUUCACGCAAUCCAUCCAUUUUUUCUGAACUCUACUUCUUCCUCUAAAACCUUACACAUUCAUAGUUAAAACUCUCUUAACAACCUCAUUUUCAUUUCGUCUCAUCACAUGUUCAUACCAUCCCAAACGCGCACUUCGCUUCUCUGUCACAGGUGCCACUUUCAGACUUCUUCUAACAUAUUCAUUCCGAAUUUUAUCCAUUCUCGUUACUCCACACAUUCAUCGCAACAUUCGCAUAGUUUUUUCUCCAAUCUCAUUAAAGCAAAGGCAAUAAACAAGACAUUCAUUUAAACUUCAGUCUAUAGUUAAGACAUUCGAUAACACCAUCCCGCCCCUCUACUCCCUACCCCCUGAUCAGGUAGCAGGAGGAAGUUGUCCCCACGAGACAUGCGAAUAUCUUUUUUUAUUUAAUUCCUUUGCUUGCAAAGGAUCAAAUAUCAUUAAUAAAUAAAGAUUUUCGGUCGACGCUAACUCCCUCUAUCGUCGGUUUCGAGAACGAUUCUAAUCCACCCGUGUACACCACUAGCCAACCGAACUAAACAAGACAAAGUACUAGAAUGUAAACGUGUAUUCGGGAUUUGUGAGUUUUUUUAACAAAAACCGUAUUGUUAUUAUGAGUUUGAAAUUUCCGAUUUUUUUUUCAAAUUGUGGUCACCCCAACUGGUUAGUCGGAUACCAUAUUUAGAUUUUUAGUAUCACAACAUCUUGUAUAGUUUCUUGUUAUUAAAAAAGUGGUGUACACUGUUUUCGUAUUUAUGUAGUUUUUUUUUAAAGAUUACAUCAUUAAUUGACCUUUAUAAAAUAGUUUAUGUUUGCGGACGCAUCUUUCUUUCUCUUUAUUUUGUAUAGUUGAAUUUGUAACGAUAUUAUUGUUUUGAAGCGGGCGAUUUGCUGACGCUGUUUAUUGACAUGGCACAAUUAUUAUUAGACUAGGCGGGCACAUUCGUUCACGUUGUCGCAAUUUAUAAUAUAUUAUUAUAAAAUAUAUUAAUUGUUUAUAUACUUUUACGUGAAUUGAAAGUUUUGUCUAAGUAUAUCUAGAAAUAACAAAAUGCACAUAUUUACAAAAGAAAAAACCUAAAUAAAACGAUACCUUUUGGUAACAGCAACUACUCAGUGCAUCUAAAACAUUACAUAUCUUAUAUAAUAUAUAUUUAAGUACUGAAUAGAAAAUAAUUAUACAUGAAAUAUAUGUUAUAAGAAAAUGUGGAAAUAAUCAUAAAUGGAUUAUUUCAAUAAAAUUUACAAUAUUUAAGAAGCAACACAAUACAAAACAUAAUGUGAUUUGAAUAAUAACGUAAAAAAAUGUAUGACAGCUAUUCUACAUAUUAUAAUCGCAAGCUUAAUAUAGUUGUCGUUCUGAAUAUUCAUCUUCGAUAACUAACAUUUUUAUUCGCGUAAGUUCAAGAUCCCGUAGGGAGAUACAAUGAGAAUGAAACGUAAAUGUAGUAUUGGUAUACCGGCGCAGUUCUGAACACUCCUCGUUGAUCCGAGAUAGCGAUUAGUAUCAGACAACGAAAUCGAAUUUUUUAAUCACUUUUUGCACACCCCAUUAAAGUGCGUCACACACGGCGAAGAUGCCACAAUGUUUUAUCUUAACAUACAAUAUCGCUCGCUAUACAUUUUGUAUGAACUAUAACUAUGGCACAUGGUUAAGAUAAUAUAUAUUUUGUAUGAACUAUCACACAUUAUUAAGAUAAUAUAUAUUUUGUAUGAACUUAUCACACAUGAUUAAGAUAAUAUAUAUUUUGUAUGAACUAUCACACAUUGUUACGAUACUACACAUUUUAUAGUUCAUAGAAAAUGUUAUAGCGAGCGAUAUCGUAUGUUAAGAUAAAAUAUUAUAGUAUCUUCGCCGUGUGUGAGGCCCUUAAGUCUGAACGCAUAAAUGCAUGAUUUAAUACAUAAAAGACGCAAUUGCUAAAAUAUUUACCAAUCAAAGAAUUAAUUUCUUAUGUCAGAUGUGUAGAUUACGAACACUGUAUCGAUCAGCUCACCGUAAAACCGCUACAUAAAAUUAAGUCGACAAUUAAAUAUGGGACAUAUUAGUAAAAUUACCAUCCGAGUACACGAUACGAAUGAAAGAAAUAUGUUUUAUUUGUUUAAUAACAUAAAGUAUUUUUCUUUUGUCCAUUAAAACUAUUAGAAGUUUGAAAUUACAAUUACAACUCGUCAGAAUAUAAAAGACUACCAAUGUGGAACGUUGUGAUAUGUAGACUUUUGUAAAUAUAUUAUGUGAACGGGUCGACGAUUGUGCGUAUAUACAUGUGUUUGUAUUCCGUAAGUGAAUGAACAAUGGCUCGCCGGCAAAACCUCUGAUGUCCUUAUGUCUGCGUCAAUAAUUCUUAGGUUGCUACGGAAUGCAACAUGAUGGGUAAAAAUACCAUUUGGGAUAUCUAAUCGGAAAACCUGGAGUUUGUUUUUGGACUGGCCUAAUGCGAUCCGUCCUUAAAACGUUCCAUUAUAAGAUUAUUCUCAUGAACUGCUUCGUCAACGAAACGAUGCGUCUUUGUUAUUUUGUUGGAUCUCCGUUAUGGAUUUCGUAAAAAACCGGUCAGAGAAGUUUCGAAUUCAUAAGACGUGUGAACAAUCACGAAAAUAAUAUUACAGAAAACAUAGUAAAAUGUGUUUAAAAUAGAAAUACAAAUAUUUUGCUAUAUUCAGAAGGGAACAGGUACAUUUUUAAUACUGGAUGCCAUAUACUUGACAAAUUGACACAAUAUAUAAGAGUUUUUAUCCAUAUAUCAAACGUGUUUGUAAAAAAAAACCGAGAAUAAUCAUAUCACUAUUUUUGUCUAAUAUUGAAUGCAUAUUUCAUUUUGUUCUAUUUAAAAGACUUAUUUUGAUAAGGAGUUAAUUAUAUUCUACGAAAAAAGUAUAUUACUAAAUAAAUUUCACUAAUGUCUGAUAAAUCUCUUUAAAAAUAAUAAUAUAAUGUGCCUAAAGUGGUUGAAUUAUUCACUUUUUUAAUAUUGUGCAAGAGUUUAUAUAAUUAAUAUUCAUAUACGAAUAACGGUUAUUUACGACAAAAAUGUUUGAUUCAAAUAAAUAGAAUCUCCGGUGAUCUGCUUUUACAGGUAAAACAUUUAAAAUUAAGUUUGGUAUAAGAUUUAUUGGGUUCGGUACUUAUAAAAAUCAAAAUUAUGAUUGAAAUUCCGUGUUAUUGUAACCUGCAGAGUAGUAGUACAAAACCGAACGUGUAACGUAUACAAUUGAAAAAUAUUUUUUGAAAUCGUUACUCACAUUAAGUCUCCGACAAAUAAGUAUAUAUUUGACAUUAUCAGUGAAAUAUUAUAUAAUGUUUAUAAGCUAUUUACCCCGCAACCUACAAAUGGUGCUCUAUGCAAAUUAUACGUCCAAAGUAUUGUUAUUCCAGAAAUUAUGGACCAGGGCAUAAAUGCCCUUACAAAAUUUAUUCUUAUUACACGAUGAUAGAUUUAAGAAUAUUAGUGAUAUUAUGUGUUUUAAUAAAAAUAAAGUUUCUUCAUGGUAUUUUGGAGAUGUAACCUUUUUAGGAAAUAAUAUAUUCUUGAUGUCAACAUAUUAUCUUGUAACGAGUUUGUACACCAAAGAUCUUUGAAAUUUCGAAUCUUUUGGGGACAUUAUAAUUCUUCUGUGACUGGAGACAUGUUCAAAUAUUCAUAUUGUAUUUUACGUAAUCUAUCCGGUUUCUAUCCGCGAGUUGCUGUGUGUUGAUUAAUAAACUUGCCGUUGGAAACUAAA